AUGUCCGGCCUAGAGGUUUUUGGCGCCGUAGCCGCCGCCAUCAGUCUGAUCCAGAUCGUGGUGACGAGCGACCUUGGCAGAGCUCGCAAGGUCGGCAUGGAGGUCAAAUACCUCCGGAACGCCCUUGAAGAGCUCAUGGACCUCCAGUACUUUGUGGAUCCAGAAACCGACGGGGAUAGAAGAAUGCUCCGUCGCAUCCAAGACCUGGUGCAGCAGGCGACGGAGCUGAUUGAGAGGAGUCGCAAGCCUACCAAGGUAGCAAUGACGUUUCUAUGGACAAACUCUCUAGAUGAAGAUGUCAAGUAUAUCACGAGGGAUCUGGAGAGCGUGAGCCGUCGUUUGAGGGACAAGAGAGAUAGAGAAAGAGACAUGAGAGAAAGGGCCCAAGCGGCCGACACAGACGCUUGGAGUCCCACCAUCUCCAUGUCCAGGCGUCCAACCCUUGUUGUUCCAAUAGCGGAUACAUCUGUAGAUCACACGGAGCCGCGACGAGCCCGGCCAGAUCGGCGGAGAUCCGUGAGCGCGAUAUCGCUACCAACCAAACUGGUUCUCAAAGAUGAAAACAGGGAGUUGAUUUAUGAACAGUCAUUGGAGCUUGAAAGGCUCAGCCUCUUAGAAUGCAACUAUUCUUCGCGGUUCAGAACUCUGCAGUACGAGUCUUCUGACCAUAACGUCAUUGUGACACACACCAUUCAGUUUGGCACGAUCCCUUCAACUAAUAACCAGUUAAACUGGAAUACCGUCACGUUCUUAGAAAAGCAGCUCCUCACUGUCGAAUCGGAAACCAACUACACCGUCUAUUUGGUAGAUCCCCAGUACACUUUUACGGAUAGCACAUCCUGCAACAUGUUUAUGAAUCGAGUCCGCGACAGAAAGCUGUUGAGUACUUUCCUGGCCAAGGAAAUAAUCGAAAGCGACCCAGCGGCAUCCUCCGGCGGGUUUCUCUGUUUCGUCCCUUCAUCGUCGCGAGGCGUAUCGUUGGCCCGUCGGAAGAUUGUUAGGGUGUGGGAGAGGGAGAGGGAGAAUGCAAACCCCAUUAUCACAUUGACUUUCCACGACAGAUGGAAGCAAAGAUUCACCGAGUGGCCCCUGAAGCAUUUCACGGGAGUGGCAACAUCUUCACGGCAUGGGCUGGCAACAGAGCUGAUUCAGGCGAGGCGUUAA